CGCAAAAGAGGUCCCAGUUUCUCUCUGUUUCUCUCCCGUUGCUGUUACCUGUUUAGUUACCUGUGGCUCUGUUACCUGUGUGUGGUGUGUGUGUGUAUGUGGGGGGGUUAGUGAUUGUGGUGAUAAUUUUUGAUAAUGGUGAAGUGUGUUUUGGUGGCAGUGGUGGUGAUGGUGAUGCGUGGUGGUGAUAUAGUGACAGUGUAUUGGUAUAGUAGUGGUGUUGGUGGUGAUAGGUAGCAGUGGUGGUGAUGAUGUGACUGAUAAGAGUGGUGUUAGUGUGGGGUGGUGAUGGUAUCUUUGUAUUGGUAUAGUAGUGAUGGUGGGUGGCAGUAGUGGUGGUGAUGUGGUGACUGACAAGAGUGGGUUUAGUGUGGUGGUGGUGAUAGUAAGUGUGUGGGUAUAGUAGUGGUGUUGGUGGUGAUAGGUAGCGGUGAUGAUGUGGUGACUGACAAUGUUGAAAGUAUGAUGCAAUGUAAUGUCAGUGUGCCUCGUGUAUGUGUCAGACUUCAAAACAGAGAGAGAGAGAGAGAGAGAGAGAGAGAGAGAGAGAGCAUGCUAUUCAAUUAACACCUGUUCCACGCCUGCCUCCGUGUCUAUCAAUGUAAUAAUCGUGAACUACAUAAAGUGCUAUACGAGAUUAACAAAAAUACAACAAAAAAAGGUUACGUAUGUGAAGAGAAAGUAAAAGUUCCCAGGUUCACUUAAGUAAGAGACCGAAGGAGAAGAUAAAGAAAAAAGUGGAAGAAAGAAAAAAACUGGACCGUUGAGUACUUUUUUUUUAAUCUGUGUAACUUUUAUAGACGCAAAACCGCAAAACAGAUCCGAUUAACUGAGUGAACUUAACGUAAUUAUGUGAACGAACACCACUGACACACACACACACACACACACACACACACACACACACACACACACACACCACAAAUACACGGUGUCACUGAACCAGCAAACAUGUGAACUUGAGAUACAGAAGGCGGUUUGUGUAGCGUGAGAGUGGCCGCGGUGAUGGAGGUGAUGUGAUGCGAUGGUGGUAGCUGCGUGAUCGAGAUGGGGACGGCAUGCAGCUGCGGUAGGAAGGCGCCUGAGGACUCGCCGCAUCCUGAGAAGCGCAACGGCCGCGUGUCAGGGAACGAGGAGACUCAGAACGGCCCGCUUAACACCUCCGCGAACGGCCAUGUCAAGGAGGAACCAGCGGCUGAGAGAACUGAAGGAGGAAGGGAAGAAGGAAGAGGAGGAGAGACUUGUGUAGAAAAGGAAGGUCAAAAUGGAGGCAUAGGAGGAAAGGAGAAUGAAAGCAUAGAACUGAAAGCACAAGAAAGAAGGAAGAGUGUGGAAAGGGAAGAGGAAAAGCAAGAUAGUCACAGAGGCGAGGAAGGAAAGACGGAAAGUGACGAGAAAGGUGUAUUAAAAAGUGACUCGACAUCUGCUGUUACUGCUUCCCCUACACGUAAUUCCCCUGCCACCCUGCUGUUCUCCCUGCCCCGCCCCCUCCUCCGCCGCCCCCUCCCCCGCCAGCAGAGGUAGGGGACGGGAGCAACGAUGCCUCUGAGGAAGAGUUGCUGAGCGUGAUGGCUGGAGAAUUAGCCGCCUUGGUGUCCCGGCUGGAAACUGCCGUGGAGAGGCUGGAGAAGGCCGGGGUCGGGGACAAGGGACAGGGUAGCGCUGCAGGGACUCAAGCACGUCUGCAGGGCCUUAAGUGGGGUGAGGAGUGCACAGUGCCAUUCGUUCUGGCCUACGAUGACUUGCUGUCAGGCCCCUUUAAGACCUUCUUUGACACCAGCCAGAAGAUUGGUGGUGAUGUGGCAACCAUAACCAACCUGGUGCAGGAAUGCUUCAUCAACCAGCGAGCCUUCCUGGUGAUGGCGUCCAAGAGCCAGCGACCCCUUGACACCGAACUACCUCAGGUGCUGGAGCCAACCGGCAAGAAGAUCCAGGCCGUGAUAGCUUUCCGGGAGUCCAACAGGCAGUCCAAGUUUUUCAAUCACCUGUCAGCCAUCUCUGAGUCUAUUUCUGGCCUGUCGUGGGUGGCCGUGGCCCCGGCACCAGCCCCCUAUGUCAAGGAGAUGGGCGACUCCGCUAUGUUUUACUCCAACAGAGUCCUUAAAGAUUACAGGGAGAAGGACAAGGUACAUGUAGAGUGGGUACAGAACCUGAACAAUGUGUGGAAGGAGCUGCAGGAGUACGUGAGGAAGUACCACACCACCGGCCUGUCCUGGAACACUCGAGGUGGCAACGCCAUGAACAACCUUAAAGCGGCUCCACCCAACUGUGGGGUGCCUCCUCCCCCACCACCUGGCAUCCCUCCCCCUCCCCCCAUGGUGAAGCUGGAGCCCAAGGCCGCGCCAGCGGAUGACGGCCGCUCGGCACUCUUUGCCUCCAUCAACAAAGGGACUGAGAUCACUGCAGGCCUCAAGAAGGUGGGAAGGAAUCCCAAUGCCCGUAAUAGUAGAGUGACUGAUGACAUGAAGACUCACAAGAACCCAAGUCUGCGUGAGGGACCCAAACCUUUUGUCAAACAGUCUAGUCCCAGCAGCCGUGCUUCCCCCGCUAAGGACGUCUUCGCCGGCACCCCCAAACUGGCCCUCGAAGGCAAGAAGUGGUUUGUUGAGUACCAGAAAGACAACCAGAACAUUAAAAUUGAUGCCAAGAUGGAUCAGUGUGUGUACAUCUUCCGGUGCCAGAAUGUUGUAGUUCAAGUUAAGGGUAAGCUAAACUCCAUCAUCUUGGAUUCCUGUAAAAAGUCUGCUGUUGUGUUUGAUGAUUUGGUGUCUGCACUUGAGGUAGUCAACUGCCAGUCAUCCAAAGUGCAGGUGAUGGGAGUGAUGCCAACCAUCUCCAUUGAGAAGACAGACGGGUGCCAAGUGUUCCUCAGCAAAGCUUCCCUCAACACGGAGAUUAUCUCAGCCAAGUCUUCAGAGAUGAACAUCAUGGUUCCCAAGCCUGAUGGCGAGUUUGCUGAGCUGGCCAUCCCUGAGCAGUUCCUGACCAAGGUCAACGGACUGUCCCUCACCACCACCUGCACUGAGUCCUGCUAGGAGGCUGGCUGCUGCCACCACCAACACUCCAGGUGUCUUUGCCGGUGCAGACUGAAGUGUCCAAAAGGUCCUCAGUGACAUGCAAUUUAUUGCUCUAGUGGUUUGAUGCAGAAAGAUGCUCAUUUGCUGAAUGUUUCAUAGUUUUUAAUUCACGUCAGUAUGAGUAAAUCAGUUUAUGACCACAGUGUUUGAGUGCAUCAGUAGUGAACAUGGUUCAGUGCUGCUGGUUAUAAACAUAAAUUGUUUUGGGUUGCGUUGGUGCACUCAUUGCCUUCUAUGAGCCGAGGCAGGUUGGUAUAUACUGUAAAAAUAACCAUACUAUACUCUAUAAGAUGUUACCUUAUUCAGCUCAAAUUAGGGACUUUUCAUGACAAUAUGCAGGUUGGCUGUUAUAGUAUGGUAAGAAAGUACACUUAGCUAAUUCAUCAUUAGUUUGUUGCUUUACAGUAACAUACAGCAACAUUACAUGUGAAGGUGUUGCAACAACACUUCUUGAUCCCACCAAGAUACUGCAAUAUGCCAGUCUCUUAGUUGUGAUUUGUUGAAGAAAUGGAAGUACCAUUGUUAACUUAAGAAACUUAAUUUGUGUAAUGUUUUCUCCAAACUGCAAGUUGCAGAUCCAGAAGCUACUUAUGUCUGUCUGUACAAGUGUUUCAUGUGAAAAAGAUGCAAUCUGUAUAAAAUUAAGGGAAAUCAGUUCAGGAUAUCUGUUUUACAAUUUUCAGGAUCAUAACUUUUUCCAUUGUCUGCUUUAUGCUUGAGGUAGUGUAGGUAAGUAAUUUAUUACUGCUCGUCUCUAGUCUGUGACGGAGUUGGUGUGGCUGUUGACACGCUUGGGACUAAUGCCACAUGAGUAAAAGAGAAAUUUGGGGAAAAUAUUAGUUCUUAAUUCCUUUGUUAGUCAUUAUAAACUUCACAUGUUGAUUAACUGCAUUCUUCCAUUUUAUAUGCAUAUCAGCAAUGUUUCUGAUGUAAUGGAAAAAUGUACUGCAGUGGGUACAAUGUAUGAGUUUUCAUAUUAACCCUUUCUGA